CUUCCAUGGAGAUGAGAGUGGAGUGUGAUAAAGCUUAAGGAUGGGGAAGGAUGUAUUGCAAAGGCUUUUGAUUUUCACGUCUCUUUAUUUUACCUCAUGAGUCAUAUCAUCAUGUUCUCAAGAGCUGAGUAACUGCCGGGUCUAUUUUUACUCUAGUUCAGCAGGCUUUCUUUCCUCAGCGGCUGCUACAGCUGAAGAGCCGAAGGACACGAGGCUGCCAAGAGAGGAGUUCUUGCAAGUCUUGUCUCCACCCCUUUUCUCUCUCUCACUCUCUCUUCUCCUUUAAAAGAAGGAACCACUGAAAUGCUAGCACCUUAUUCUCUGGCAGGCUAGAAAGCAACACCCAAGCGAGCUCUCUCCCUGGUGCUGCCUUGGCUUGGAAUCCACUGAGCUUUCUUUCUCUUUCUUUACUACCAGAGAGGAGAAGAACAGCACCAGCAAUCGUAAGCCAAGUUUGGAGACUCAGCUGGACUUGGCUCACCUGUGCGCAAAGAGAGCAACUGGGAAAAGAAGCCAAGGAAAGAGCAAACAAGCCCCUCAAACCAAAGACUGCAUUGCAAGAAGUCUUUAACAAGGAACCCAGGAAGAUAUCCACUCUUCCCUUAGCCUUUUUAAUAUCCUGAAGUUGAAUACUUACUUAGAAGGAAUACUGCAAGCCAUUUCGCUUCUGCAAACAGACGCUCCUGUCCUGAAAGGAGGAAGAACUUUAAUCCACUGUGUUUUUCCCCCCUUUGGUUGUUACUUAUGCUUUUUCUUCUCAAUAGAGAGGGCAAAGCAGUAACAGCAAUCCUUUUUCCCCCUCUUUAGAAGAAGUUUUACCUAAGGGGACACUUUUUUUGGGUUUUGAGCAAAAGUUUUGAGAGGAGACAUGAAGGAGGACAGAGACCCCCUUCUGUAGGACUUCAUAGCCCCAGGGUGGAAAAAUUAUUUCUUUUUUUCUUCUCUUUUUUCAUAAAUUUUAAAACAAAAAAUAAGACUCUCCUUCAAUGUGUCUGGAACUUCUGGGGAUUGGAGUCGGCAUGCAUUUCGGAGUGCUUUUCCUAUCUUUCUGGUACCUGCCACUCAUCAGCAGUGAGGGAGACCCCAUCCCCGAAGAGGUAUAUGAAAUGCUGAGUGACAGCUCCGUGCGCUCCAUCAGAGACCUCCAGCAGGUCCUGCGGAUAGACUCCGUAGAACCAGAUAGCCCUAGUUCCUACCUGAACGCCACUAGAUUACAUCCUGGUCCUUUGUCUCGAGGGAAACGCAGUCCAGGUGGAGAAGAACCAGUAGAACCAGCAGUACUUGCUGAAUGUAAGACACGAGUAGAAGUGUUUGAAAUCACCCGGGGCAUGGUGGAUCCCACUAAUGCCAACUUCCUUGUGUGGCCACCAUGUGUGGAAGUGCAGCGGUGCACAGGCUGCUGUAAUACCCGAAGCAUGCAGUGUCGCCCCACGCAGGUUCGUGUGCGACAUGUGCAGGUACAAAAGAUUGAAAUUGUCCUAAGGAAGCCAGUUUUCAAUAAAGCCAUUGUGGCCUUGGAAGACCAUCUGCAAUGCCGAUGUCAGCCAGUUUCAUCCCGACCUCCAAGACAGCCAAAUUCACCAGGAAUUAAAGCAGGUGGUCCACUACCAAGCACUGUAACUUCUAUUCCAACAAAGGCACGAAAGAGGAAGCAUCGGAAGUUCAAGCAAUUACAUGAUAAGAAGGCGCUGAAAGAAAUCUACCCAGCAUAGAAGCGCUGGCAGGCAAAAGUGCAAAUGUCAGGUUUAUUAUUUAAUAUAUUUGCUGUAUUGCCCCCAUGGGGUUUCCAGAGUUUCUCUCCGUCCAUCCGCUUCAACGCUGCUAUGGACGGCCAAUGGUGCUUCCCGAUCCCUCGCUCACUGGACGUUCUCCCACCAAAGUUGACCCUUGGAGUUCUCCCUUCUCAAGCGCAUUUUCCCAAAGGAACAAAACUGAGGCGGGGAAUAAGCUGAAGAAAACACAGCCGUUUGGAUGGACAAUAUGCUUCCUGCUGCAAGAGACGCAGGGGAAAUAUGGCAAAGACUUACGAUUCCAGUCUCCCCUUGGGGUGGGUUGGAUCAGGAGGACAAGAAGUUAUUUUUUCCCUCUCCUCCUUUUCCACCCGGCAGUUAAUUGGACUCAGGCUGUUUACAGUGACAAUGGGCACAAAGUCAAGGCAGUCAGAAUGACAACCAGUGACAGCAUAUGCACUAAGGACUUCUAUUGUCAUGUCUGAAUAGAUUAUUUUUAAUUGUAUGUAUGUAUGUAUAUUUUUUAUUUUUAAAACCACUAAACCAUGUCAUGCCUCGGGGAUCCGAACUAAUGCAAGCAAAAAUACAUGUAUCAACACUUUUUUCGCUGUUUACAAGCUGUGUAUGAACAGGAAAAGAGGCGCUGUCCUCUGGGGGAACCGCUGCCCCACCGAACCCGGGCCUUCUCGGCACGUGAUUAUAACGAGGAUGAGGCUUA